UGGUGCAGCGCGCACAAACACAACGUGUUACUGUUUACCUCCGGUGCUGCUGCUCGGACCGCGGCGGGAGGAGGCUCUGCUGUAGUUUUAUGGCUUAAUAUCUGUUGGUGCGAGCCUCGGCAGCAGCCCGAGGCCUGAGCCCGGGCCGAGGCCACCUGGCAGCGGCUGUCUGUCAGCAUCCUCCCGGGGAAUAUACCGGAGGACCGCGGCUAGCAGGGUGGCUAACAGCGAGCUAACUCACCUCACACACUGAAGAGAGAUGAUGGAUGAGAAGAAGAGUCGAGGCGUCGUGGCCUUGGUGUUCCUCCUCACGGCGAGUUUGUCGGGCGGCGGCGGGUCGGCCGGCUCGGACUGCGGCCCGUCCACCGCGGAGACAAACGGCGCGGCGCGUUUACUGUCGGCUGCGGUCGACUCGCAGAGAGCCGAGCAGAGCCAGAGGCAGCACCUGGAGGCUCUGUUCAACAGAUACGGAGAGAACGGCACCAUCUCUCUGGCCGGGUUAAAGCGCCUCCUACAGAACGUGGGUUUGGAUCGCAUCAGGACCGUGAUGGUGCAACAUCACGAGCAAGCGGGCCACCACGACCACAAUCACCAUCAUCAUCAUCAUCACAACCACCACGAAGGCCACCGUCACCACGACGACAACUCGCAUCACCAGAAACACGUUCACACCGAAGCCUCGCAUCCCAGAAAGACCCCUGAAGACCAGCACAGCCACGACGACCUGCGUGAAAGGAAGACCACGGCGGCUCAGGAGGUCAGUGCCACGGCGGCGUACAGCGCCCAGCUGAGACUAAACGGCCCUGAAACCACCAGACGGGUCACUGAAAGCCAGACACAGGCAGCUGCCGUCAGCCGGGGGGAUCACGACCACGACCAUGAUCACGACCAUGACCACGACCAUGAUCACGAUCACGACCAUGGCCAUGGCCAUGAGGACCUUCCUCACAACCGAAGCGCGGACAGCGUAGAGUGUCAGAACGCCUCCAGCAUCCUCUCCUCACAUGGGAUGUCUCAGGUGGUGGGUAUGACCCUCAGUGACUUCAGCUUCCUCUGCCCCGCCCUCCUCAACCAGAUUGAUGGCGGCGCGUGCAUCCAGCACGGAGGACGCGAGGAGAGAGACCAUAAGCAUGGUCACGGUCACCAUGGUGACCACAACAACUCGCACCACAAUCACGGCGAGCGCUCUGAAAGCGGCAAAAGCAUCACAAUAGCGUGGGUCGGCGGGUUCAUCUCCAUCACGGUCAUCAGCCUGCUGUCUCUGCUCGGCGUCGUCCUCAUCCCGCUCAUGAACAGAGUUUUCUUCAAGUUCCUCCUCAGCUUCCUGGUGGCGCUGGCCGUCGGCACUCUGAGCGGAGACGCCUUCCUCCACCUCAUCCCCCACUCUCAGGGAGGCCACCAUCACCACCACGAGGAUUCUGGCAUGAAUUUCUCUGAGGGACAUCACCACCAUGACGAGCGAGAGGAAAACCUGGACGCUGUGUGGAAGGGUCUGACGGCUCUGAGCGGAGUCUACUUCAUGUUUCUGAUCGAACACUUCCUGACGCUGGGAAAAAUGUACAAAGACAAGAAACAAAAGAUCCAGAAGAAGUGGGACCAGAACGACAAAGCAGAUCCAGAGAAGCAGCCGGCUCUGCAAGAGAACGACCUGAAGCCGACUGAAGAUGUGGAGACGAAUGGUGCCGGUAUGUUCGGCGACCACCCGAGCGGCCUGCAGGGCGGCGUGGCGGAGGAGGAGCAGGUGAUGCUGGCGCCGCAGGUGUCCGUCGUCACGCCGGGUUACAGCGGAGCGUCGGGGGCCGCGGCCUACACCGCCGAGGACUGCGAGAACAAGUGCCACUCCCACUUCCACGACACGGUGGGCCAGGCCGACAGCAUGCACCACCACCACCACGACUACCACCACAUCCUGCACCACCACCACUCCCAGAACCACCACCCUCACAGCCACUCCCACUCCUACUCGGAGCAGCACUUCCAGCAGGCCGGCGUGGCCACGCUCGCCUGGAUGGUCAUCAUGGGAGACGGACUGCACAACUUCAGCGACGGCCUGGCUAUCGGAGCUGCUUUCACCGAGGGUCUGUCCAGCGGUCUCAGUACUUCUGUGGCGGUUUUCUGUCACGAGCUGCCUCACGAGUUGGGUGACUUUGCGGUGCUCCUGAAGGCAGGGAUGACGGUGCGUCAGGCCAUCCUGUACAACGUGUUGUCGGCCAUGAUGGCCUACUUUGGCAUGGUGACGGGUAUCUUGAUCGGACACUACGCGGAGAACAUCUCCAUGUGGAUAUUCGCCCUCACAGCCGGACUCUUCAUGUAUGUGGCCCUGGUGGACAUGGUGCCGGAGAUGUUGCAUAAUGACGCCGGCGACCACGGCUUCAGCCACUGUGGCUUUUUCCUGCUCCAGAACGCCGGCAUCCUGCUGGGCUUCUGCAUAAUGCUGCUAAUCGCCAUAUUUGAACACAAAAUCCAGCUGGACCUGGGAUACUGAGGGGGGAGGGGGUGUCAUCCUGAGCUUCAUGUGCGUUUCAGUGUCUCCGUCAGAAAUGUAAUGUGGUUUUAUUUGUUCUAGACAGUCAGCCUGGUUCAUUUUGUAUUUCCACAAGAAGAAGCAUCUGCUCAAACACAGACAUCGAAACGUAAUCUAGGAAGGUGCCACGUUGACCCCCGACCCCCAGGACCUCUUUUGCCAUCAUAUUUAAUUCAGUUUUUUAUUUUUUUAUCCUGUUAUGUCUGAUUUUGUCAUUUUUUUUAUUAGAUUUUUUGGAAGUUUUUGUGCUGCUGAGUCAAACCAGAUCAGUAUUCCAGUAAAUACCCAAAGUGCCAUAAGAGACCCACUGUUGGCCCAUACUGAUGGGCCUUCCCACAAGUACCAUGAGCUGAAAGUUUCUGACCACAAUCUUUGAGCGUUUACCAAGAAAUUACUUUUGUUUUCUGACCAACAUUCUAAAACUCAAACCAUCUGAAUCUGAAUUUAAUCUACUAUAGUUACACUCAGUGCUCAGUUUGUGGUAGGGAUGGAAACUGACACUCUUUUUGAUUCCUGAUCAGAUUUCUGUGUGGGGAACAAGUAGCCAUACACAGGUUUUAUUAUCUCUGAGUCUGAACACAGAGAAUAGAGUUACAGUAGUUUCUUUGUGAGCUGACAUUCCUCCGUGCUCCAAGUUUCCAGCAGCGCAGAAGCAGAAGGUUGUUUGUUGUUGUUGUAUAUUUGCACAGCAACUGCCCUCUAUGGCUUGAAACCAGCUAUUGCAACUGAAUUUCAGAAUUGGCUGAUCUGGAGGCAGGUGCCGUAUGUGGUGGCAGCUUUCGUCUCCAGUGUCAGUGCUGAUCUGGGAGCAGAUGUGAUCAAAUUGUUGUUUUUUUGCCGUGUUAAAAGAGGGACGGUGGCAAUUCUUGAUGUGGAUCUUUGGUGACCCAAGAGCAGAAGGCACAGUUGUGUUGUACUGCGCUGCCCUUUAUCAAAAAGAGAUGGUUUGGAAGUCAGUGCAGCAGAAAAGACGACACCUGUGGCCUUUUUAUUGAGCGACAGAGAGCCUGAUGGUCAGACUCUGGUAGAGAUCAGAGGUAUAAUGGUGGGAAUCCGUCCGUUAAAUCAACCAGAGUUCAGCUUGAUGCAGGAAAAGGACCUUGUUGGUUAAAACUCUCACUGUUUAUGUUCUGAUGAAUGUGGGAUUACUGUAACGGUCUGUUUUGAUUCAUCAUUUAAAAAUGAGUAAAAUGAAAACAUUCAUGAUCGUGAAAAAGGACAAAAAGACGCAGCUGUGUGUAGGGUUAGGGUUAGGGUUAGGGUUAGAGACGGGGCUUUAGACUUAUAGGACUUGGUUCACUCUGCCUUUCGUGGCCACGACCUUUGACUUCAAUAUGAAGUCUGUAAGAAGAACAGCCAGAUAGAAGUACGGCUUCUGUCCAAUGGAGAGCUGAGAAACCGAAAGCAAAUUAUGGCAAGAAAAAGGGGAAACUCGUAGACUGUUUGUUGUAGCGUGUUUUUAAUUUAUUUUAUUGUUCCUGUUAUGUGGCAGCUCAACACUGAUAGUGUUCAGAGAAAACUAAUAAUCUUUGUUACAAUAUUACUCCUGUUCUGUUUGAAUUAUCACCAACUGCAGAUGUCACUCAUGUUUUUUAAAAAGAGGCUCUGAUGUUUAGGUCAAGGUUUCCUCACAGGUUGUGAAAAAGUCAAGACAUGAACCUCACUGUGUAUAUUACAUGUACUAUAUGAUACUGUAUGUAUAUAUUUGUGUACAAUGCUGUACAAGUAUGUGUGUCAUUAGUUUCAGCUGUCCACUCAAUGUUUGUCUCAGUCACAUCAACACGAACCAAAAGAUUGAUUUAUAAAAGGUAGAGUGUGCAAAACACGUCUGAGUGAGAGAGAGUUGUUCUUUCUGUCUAAAACCAAACUUAAAGCCACGCAGUCGAUUCUCACAGCUCAGCUGCUGAUUCGACUCAUUGGUCGUUUUUGAGGUCGUCACUUGUGGUCAAAAGGUAUCUAAAACUGAUCUGAGAUAAGAGGAAGUCCAAAACAUCAGGACAACAUCUGCAUCGAACACAGUGAUUUAAAGAUCAGUUUCAGACUCAAACACAAACUUUAAUUUAUUUGUGAUUUGCCAUCAGCAUGUUUUCUUUCUCACAAAAUAUAAACAUAAACAACCUGAAAAACCUUUGUUUGAAUACAGCAUCAACUGAAACAUUUGCAUUAACACCCCCUCUCACUUUUUCACCUUCUGACAGACUUGCUCAGAUGCGACAUUAACUGACGUUUGUAAAAAUGUCCAAGCAUUCGUCUUCUACUCUUUUGAUCCCAGACGUAUGUGAUAGAAACAAAAUAUAUUUCAGUGAACAAAGUGAUGUCUUUUGUUCUUUUCACAGCAAUGAGUUGAAUGUCGACUAUAUUUUAUAUUCAACUCCUUUUGUGAACAAAUACAACCUAAUGAGUUAUAUUUGAAAGCAGCUCAGAUCGUGUGUAUUGUUUUUUAUGUAAUAAGAGAAUUUUUUUUUCUAAAUGCAAAUGUGUGUAUACUUUACUUAAAAUAUACAUAACAGUGAAAAUGUACCAGUGUUAGUAAUGACAAACGGACCCUGAGUGUAAACUAGAGCUGCAAACAUUUAGUUUAUCAGCAUAUUUAUCGUUACAUUUUUCAUAUAAAAAUGAAAUAUGUAGAUUUUGGGCUUUUCUCUGUUUCACAUCAUAUUAAACUGAAUAUAUUUGGCGUUUGGACUGACAGAAAGACAUUUAAAGACAUCGCCUUGUACUCUGAGAUACUGUGAUGAACGUUUGUCACUAUUUUCUGACAUUUUAUAGACUAAACAAUUCAUUAAUCUAGAAAAUGCUCAGCAGAUGAAUCUAUAUUGAAAAUAAUCCGUAGUUUCAGUAAACCUUCACAAACACCGACUCGCUGCGUAAAAUCGUAAAUUACUCGACCCACCAGUUUGUGAUCUGUACGACUUCCUGUGGCCUCAAAAAUGACCAUCGAGUCCACUCAACAUCUGGAUUAAUCUCCAGAAAGGAGAGAUUCAACAAACUGACAGUUUAAACAGUGUUUCUGUUCUUUUCCCAUCUCUGUACCGGCUGACGGCCUGCACUGACCUUCAGGCAGCUGUGGUGUUGACUCACUUUGCUUUUUGACAUUCCUGAACACAAAUAAAGUUGCUCACC